CUUGACGUAUAUCUGCUGCGGACGUGUUGUUUUCUGUGGAAGUCUCGCAGACCGUCAGAGGAAGCAGCAGAGGUUAUGUUUCUGAACUGCGCAACUCAGACAUGAAGAGGAAAGCCAUGGAUAAAAGUCACAGCUCCGACCACGACCGAGAGCGUCCGACCCGCAGAACCGCUCAGGAACCGCUGUUCAGCGCAUACAUCCUGGAGGAGAUCUUCCUGAAGCUUCCUCCCCAACAGGUGGUUGUUCUUUGCAGGGUAGUGUGCCAUCAAUGGAAAGAAGUGGCUGACAGUGAGUCUUUUUGGAGACAAAGGUGUAGAAGAGAAGGAUAUCACCCCUCCUGUGCUUCUAAAAUACCCAGUGACUGGAGGAAGUUUUACUUCUUGUGCAUCGAGAGAAGAAAUCUUCUCAGGAAUCCAAGAGGAGAACAAGGGCUAAAUGGCUGGAGAAUUCUGAAGAAUGGCGGUGACCGGUGGGCAGUUCAUGGAAUUAGGAAAUCACUUCCAGAUGACAGUAUCCAGUCAAACUUUGUGACUUCUUUUGGAAUGUGCACAAAGAUGCAGCUGAUUGAUCUGGAGAACGAAGGUUACAGCUCAUCAUUUAUGGAUGACUUUCAGCCGGACAUCAGAAUAUAUGAGUGGUAUACCCGAUGUCCGGACUGUAGCUGCAUGUAUAACAUCAGUGUAGAGUUGCUGAAUGAAAGGAAGCAGCUUAUCCAGAAGUUUGCUCCUGACACUGUUUACCCUGAAGUUGAUGAAUGGAAACAGAUGACUCAUAUAUUUCAAAACUAUGGACCAGGAGUGAGAUACAUUCGUUUCACCCAUGGGGGCAAGGAUACACGGUUCUGGAAAGGAUGGUAUGGAAUUCGUCUUACUGAAAGCUGUGUUGAGAUCUGUCCAGCAAAGGACACAUAAUGUUCUGUGAUGGCUGCCUUCUGCCUUUAUCUAAGGUUCCUGUUUUUUUCUGGUCUUAUUUGUCACAUAUAAUCUGCAGUUUUUGCAUGUUUCUGCAGCUAUAACCUCAAAAACAUAUGCAUCCUUUUCUUGAUUAAAUGUAAUUUUCAACAAACAAUGUCAACAUGUUCAAGGUGCUGUAGACAACAUUCAGAACUACUGGAUGUCACAAUAGAGCAUCAACACUUUAAACCAAAAACAAACCGGUGCGACACUUCACAUUUCAUUUACAAUCAGAAAGACUGUGUACACUACAAACAUUGGCCCACACCAGCCAAUGUUCUUUGCAUUCAAUGAAAACUGGAACGAUAGCAUAUCAGCACUGUGAUCAUUUUAUAGAAAAAUGCAAUGCAGUAAUGAAACCCUGACUUCACUAGGAAUAAAAUACCUCUCUCAUCUGGAUAACUGGCCUGUGGAUCUUAGCCAAUAUCAAAGAAAUAUCAGUGUGUUUAGAACCAGGAUAUUUGUUCGUAGAUUGGAACUACAAAUGCUGUUUCAUUUGCUGCCAAUUCCUUAUCUGUCUGUGUUAAUUUGAAUUCAGAGCAGACUUGACUACUUGACUAAUAAUAAUGAAAAAUGCUAUGUAAAUAGCAAAUACAGUAAGUUGACUUUUGCUGAUCAUUGACAGUAUCAGAGAUUAAUUAAACUGAGUUAUUAUUAAUUUAACUUUAAUGUUCCAGCACCAUUGUUUACCAAGUCAGUGUAAAUUGAAAUGUUCUUUGCAUUGCUACUUUGUACUGUUCUGUAAAAUGAGAUGCAAAGCUGUUUAUGUUUUAGAAUCUGGAAAGUCGUUUAUCUUUUGUAUUGCUUUCAGUUUGCUUUGAAAAUUAAUACAGCAUUUUCUAUGCUUUAUACUGUUUUGUCAAAAGCAAAAUUUAAUGAAUGAAUGAACAAAUUGAAUUAAAGUCAAAGAGUCCAAGAUA